AUGCGACCGCGAGCGACUGAGGAUGCUGCAUGCAGCAGAGCGUGGGAACAAGCCGCAAUUCGUGAGGUCUUCAAGCUCUCCGGAGGUGACUUUCGCAGGAGUGGCAUCAGCACCAGGGUGACGUUGCCAUGGAUACUCAGGAUUUUCUUGGUGGCCACGCUCUUGGCACCAUGUACGGGCCAAGACGAUGGGGAGCAGGAGGCAGAGGCAAUAGACUUCAGUCUUCCUGGCGAGGGUACCGUGAAUUCAGUAGAGGAGGUGGUCAGCGGGGUGUUUCUCAUAUAUGGAGAGAUGGACGCUGACCUGUUGACAACAGGAGACCUCGACAUAGUAGUGACGGAGACUGUCGGCAAAGUUUGCAAGAACUUCGAGCGGAGUUCUGGAGCGCCGACUCUUACGAAAAUGUUUGUGGACGUGCGCACAGUGGGACAGACGCGAUUAGGCAUGAAUUACACCUGGCAAAUGCUGCCUCCCAUUGAGGCUGGCAAGGACUGCAUCAACAGACUCGCCAUGGUGAGCUUUGGACCCAAAGAGCCUCCUUUUGACAAGUUCCCUGCUCCGCCAAUCAGGGCCUUAUUCGAGGCUGAGAUGCGCCUCCAUCCGCCAACCAGGUUCCUCAACAUCACUGGCUGGACCUUGAGCCUGCAAAACAUGUCGUGUGACGAGCGGCAGGUUAUAAAGCAUUGGAACCACAGCAGAAGCAUUGAUGUCUUCCCCACGGAAGAGCCCGAGUGCCUGGGAACUGACAGCGUCACCUGGGAGCCCAACCUGGAAGGCGAGUUUGACCUCAACGAGGUCGGUGGCUGUGACCUUGCCGGAAGCAACCCCUGUGUUUGCGCUGCACUGUCAAAUUGUGAAUGGGUGACAAGUGUCAGCGGAGUGCCUCGUUGUGUGUACACCUCGCGACCCGGCGUGCCAUGUGAGGCUUGCCCAAACCAGCCACAAUGCGUCAUUACCCCCGAGAAAGAGUGUGAGAUGAAGUCCACACCAUGUGCAUGUGUGCUUCGCGGCGGUGGAUGCAACUGGGACAUGGCCACGAGUCGCUGCUACUUCGAUGUCACGGCCAGCACCGCUUGCAUCGCCUGCUCUCGGCAGGGCUUCUGCAGUCUACCAGCAGUUAGAAGCAAGCAACCUGAAAACCUGGCUCUCAUGGGCCAGGAAGAAGUGGGUUGGUUCAUUAAUGUGACUUUUAACAGGGACAUUGAGUUCCUCCGCCUAGGCCUCGGAUCAGGCGUCAUGCUGCAAUGUCGGUCGAACAGACCGGGAGAUUGGCCACCAACCUUCGAGUUGGAGUACGGCCAGCUGGUCAUCGAGGGAAGCAUCCUUCACAUCAAUGUCCGAGGGCUGCCCAAUGACGAGAGACGGGACUGCGAUCUCGUGAUCGCCAACAAUGCCGUGCGUGAUUCCCAGGAUCGGCUUCCGUUCGAUGGCUUGGAGAACAACGUCAUCUUCGUCACACUUCCGGACGGGAUCCCUCCGGAGGUAGUGAGCUUUGAGCCAGCGAACAGCGCACGCGGAGUUUCGCUCGCCACAAAGGUUCACUUCCAUUUCAACGAGAAUAUCAGAUUCUACUCCAUUGGCUAUCUGGAACUGUACAUCCUUGGAGGAAAUCGCACUGAUCGUGCUGCAGAUAUCAAGAUUGCAGAGAUCUCCGUCUGGGACGAGGCGGUGGCCAUCGACAGGGACAACCGCAACAUUCUUCAUGUGCAGCUGACUGGACUGCUGAGCACCAGCACGUACUAUUCGCUGACCAUUCCACCACAGACAAUAAGCGACAUCUCCAACAACCCAUUCGGAGGCAUUGACCGUGGUGUGUAUAUCUUUCAGACUGGCGCAGAAGAAAUCGUGGAGGAGCUCGUGGACGACACCGAAG